GUCCGCGCGAAAGCCAACUCCUUCUGUGACCGCACAGAAGAGCGCGAGUGGCGCUAUAACACGGAGUUCAUGUUGAACCUCCCUGAGACCGAGGGCAUCGCUAAGCUCUACGAGGUGCUGGAGGAUAAGAAGGGCUACUAUGUCAUCAUGGAGAAGGUGGCCGGCCAGGAUCUCUUCGAGACCAUGACGGGCAAAGGUUUGCUACCCAUUGCUGAGGUGAAGGAGGUCAUGCGACAGCUGCUCCAGGCUCUUGCAGAGCUCCACGCUCGCAACUGCAUCCACAAGGACCUGAAGCUGGAGAACAUCAUGUUUGACAGGACUCCGCCAGCGAAUGCCAAGGUAGACUGGGCCAGCUUCAUGGGUGGCGACCAGUCGCCAGUGAAGGUAAAGCUCAUCGACUUCGAUACCGUGGAGACCGUGCAGCCCCAGACUCCGAAGAAGGCUAAGGAUGUCCUGGGAACUGACCAGUACAUCGCCCAAGAG